GGGAAGGAGGGAGGAGUCCGUCACGCUUCGGGCUCGGGCUGGGGAGGCCGCCUUCGCGCUCGCCAGGUCUUGGGUCCUCUACGGACUCUAUCAGCUGGGGCUUCUCGGUUCCCGAAGUGCGAUCGGGGCGCGCUCGGGCGGCCCACCCAGAGUCCCAUCCUGGACCGCGUCCUACCCCCAGAGAGCGGACGAGGUGGCGGCGAAGCCUCGAUUCUCCCAAAACUGGGUUCCUAAAAUACAUUUGUAAGUAACACAGUUCUCAAGUCAGACAGACUUGAAUUCUAAUCCAGGGCUCUGCCAACUCAAGUAUGUGACUUUGGCCUACACUUACCUGAGCAUUCUUCUCUGCCACCCUGUGCUAGUGCUUCAUAUUGAGCUCAUAUGAUCCGCUAACACGUCCAGAUCUUUAAUCGGUCAUCCUCUAUGUGUAUGCAAAGAAGCCUUUUCACACAGAUGUCCUUAGAGAUAAUAUGGAUCAGUCCGGAGUUCUCCUCUGGGUGAAAGCAGAACCCUUUAUAGUGGGCGCCUUGCAGGUCCCCCCUCCAUCCAAGUUCAGUCUUCACUAUCUCAGGAAGAUAUCCACCUAUGUGCGAACCCGGGCCACAGAGGGAGGUUACCCACGCCUGUCCUGGUCUACAUGGAGGCACAUUGCGUGCGGAAAGCUGCAGUUGGCUAAGGAUCUGGCAUGGCUUUACUUUGAAAUAUUUGAUAGUCUUGCAGUGAAGACACCGAAGGAGCGCCUGGAAUGGUCUGAGAUUCUGUCCAACUGCAUGUCUGAGGAUGAAGUCGAAAAGCAAAGAAAUCAGCUUUCAGUGGACACCCUACGGUUUCUGCUCUUCUUAUAUAUACAACAGUUAAACAAGGUCUCCCUGAGGACAUCUUUGAUUGGAGAAGAGUGGCCUAGUCCCAGACACAGAUCUCAGUCUCCUGACCUGACUGAAAAAUCCAGUUGUCAUAAUAAGAACUGGAAUGAUUACAGUCACCAAGCUUUUGUCUGUGAUCAUCUGUCAGAUCUCCUUGAACUGCUUGUAGAUCCAGAACAACUCACUGCAUCAUUUCAUUCGACCCAUAGUAGUCUAGUCUCUCGAGAAGCUGUUGUAGCACUCAGCUUUCUUAUUGAAGGUACAGUAAGUGGAGCCAGGAAGAUAUAUCCACUUUAUGAACUGGCACUGUGGCAACCACUGCAUGCAGAAAGUGGCUUCUCAAAGACCUCUAAGGCCUUUUCUUUCUACAAGCUGGAAGCCUGGUUGAGAGCCUGUUUAACUGGGAAUCCAUUUGGUACAUCUGCUUGCCUCAAGUCUGGGAAGAAAUUGGCUUGGGCUCACCAAGUUGAAGGGACGACCAAAAGAGCUAAGAUUGCUUGUAAUACUCACGUGGCCCCUAGGAUGCACCGCCUGGUGGUGAUGAGCCAGGUUUACAAGCAGACAUUGGCCAAGAGCUCAGAUACUCUGGUGGGGGCACAUGUAAAGAUUCAUCGUUGCAACGAGACUUUUGUAUAUCUGCUGUCUCCCUUACGAUCUGUGACAAUUGAGAAGUGCAGGAAUAGCACCUUCAUCCUGGGCCCUGUACAGACUGCUCUUCAUCUCCACAGUUGUGACAAUGUUAAAGUCAUUGCUGUUUGCCAUCGUCUGUCCAUCUCUUCUACAACAGGUUGCAUCUUUCACAUUCUGACGCCUACACGCCCACUUAUUCUGUCUGGGAACCAGAGAGUAACUUUUGCCCCCUUUCAUACCCAUUACCCAAUGCUGGAGGACCACAUGGCCAGGACUGGCCUUGCUACAGUGCCUAACUAUUGGGAUAAUCCCAUGAUUGUGUGCAGAGAGAACAGCAGCACAAGUGUCUUCCGACUCUUAGCACCGUGUGAAUUCUAUGUGUUUAUUAUUCCCUUUGAAAUGGAAGGGGACACAACAGAGAUACCUGGGGGUCUUCCAUCUGCAUAUCAGAAAGCACUGGGCCAAAGAGAGAAAAAGAUACAGACCUGGCAGAAAACUGUGAAGGAGGCUCGUUUGACAAAGGAUCAAAGGAAGCAGUUCCAGGUACUUGUGGAAAACAAGUUUUAUGAGUGGUUGAUUAAUACAGGACAUCGUCAGCAGCUGGACAGUCUUGUGCCCCCUGCAGCAGGCUCCAAACAAGCAGCAGGAUAAGACUUCCUCAUCAAAACACUGGGCCCUGGAAACAUGAAGAUGAAUGCAAGAUGGUGCACAUGUUGAAACUAAACUGGGAAGGUGCUCUUGCUGCUUAAGAGACUUUGGGGAUUUUUCUUCCUAUAGAAGACCUUUCCUUAAGUUUCCUUCCAAUGUCAUUUGCUACUGUUUACAUUGAAUUUUAGCUAAACUUCUAUUAUAUAAACAUAUAGUUUAUAGAACAUCAGAAGGCUCAUUUUGUGAUGCUAAAAUGAAAAAGUUGAUGAAGGCAUUGUAUAUAUGUUAAUAUUAAAGUGAUUGAGCAUAGGUUUUAUAGUUCUUUGUAACUAUUUAAAAGGAAAUUACUACUCCUUUUAGAAAAGAAUUGGAAUGAAAGUAUGAUUUUUGGAGUAUAAAUAUAGCAGGAAAGAUUUUAUACAAAGAUAUUUUAGUCCUUAAAGUAUGCAACAAUGAAAUUGUAU